AGAGAGCCGUUAAGUGUAAGUACAUGUGUUCACAUUCAACUAUAUAAGUAUGUAUAUUCAUCGUCACUUUUCGGUAUCAACAUCCAACAAACUCUAUCGAUAUCGAACUUAUUGAACUCCCUUUCCAGCACCACAGAUCUCUUGUUGCUUCUAUUCCACACUAUGCCUCCUCACGGUCAAUAUACUACCGAGAAGGUGACCUACCCAUCUCACGGGGAGACAAUCACUGGGAUUCUUUACAUGCCCAAGGGUGUCGCUAAUCCACCUGGCGUCGUUGUCCUGGGCCCGUAUUCGUUCGUCAAAGAGCAGGCCCCAUUGCAAUACGGUACGCGACUGGCCGACGAAGGUUACGCCGCCUUGAUCUUCGAUCCACGCACGGUCGGAGAGAGUACUGGAUUGCCCCGGCGUCUCGAAAACCCCCUAAUGAAGAAUGAAGAUGUCGUGUCCGGCCUCGACUACCUCGCCAGCAGAGGCGAUGUGGACGCCAAGAAAUUGUUUCUGGUUGGUGUUUGCCAGGGCGGGCCCGAGUGCCUGGAUGUUGCCUCAUACGACGAUCGCGUCAUCGCUGUGGCUUCUGUAACAGGAUACUAUCGCGAUCGCGAGACGGAUGUCUACAUGAUCUGUGCUGGCUGCGUGAACAUCGAGCCAGGCGUUGAUGUGGGAGAUUUCAAAAUGCCCACACCUGAGCAAGGAGAAGCUCUCUACCAGGCGCGCAUGGAGCGAGCCAGAAAAGCUAAGAAACUGUACGAUGAAACAGGGGAGGUUUACCAACCUCUUGUGGACCCCAAAGCUGCAGAUCCCAAUGUUGGCUCACUCGCUGGUCUUCCGGGACCGAUUCCAUGGGCAUGGUAUGGUCCCUGGACAUUGAAAGGUUUCGAGAAUCGGUACGCGGUCAUGAGUGAUCUAGAUCACUUUGGCUAUUCGACCGUUCCUGGUGUGGCAAAACUCAAUAAGCCAGCUUUGGUAAUUCAUGGUGAUAACUGCAUGAAUGCGCCUGCGGCGAAGAGGCACUUCGAAUCGAUCCCAACAAAGACCAAGAAGCUGAUUUGGGACAAUGACGUGUCGCAUUUCCAACACUAUGAGCAACCGGAUGUUGUCGACCGUAACAUAGGCGAAAUCGCAGCUUGGUUUGGAAAAGUAAUGAUGUAGAAAUAGAGACCGGCUGGUAUAGCAUGGAGCGGAUCAGCCUUGAUUAAUCAGUUCUCUCGCUCUUUGUCCUGAUGAGUAAUGGAAUUGACUCAACAUGACGCCUCUUUCAUGAAAGAUUAUUGAAAUAAAUCUGCUAAUGCUUCGCGUGGACGCUGAACUUUUCAAUGGCUGCGAACUGCUGAUUUCUUAGAAUGGUGUUGCAGAACAGAGAGUCUUGUCUUGCUUAGAUCCACAUCAGAUGUUACAGUAGGGGCAGGCACAAUAGAUAAAAAUGUACAUCAUGCAUUAGUUGUACGUCAGG